AUGAUCGCCCCUAUACUCAGACGACAGGCACUUCAGUGCAGCAGGCAUGCAAGAUGCUUCAGCUCAUCAUCAGCAGUUCUGGCGCGGGACGUCAAGAGCCUUGGUGUUAUUGGAGCGGGACAGAUGGUAUUCAAAACUUCUCACAUGCUAGACACAAGUCUCUGAAUUUAUAUUUUUCUAGGGUUUAGGAAUAGCUUUGGUAGCUGCACAAAAAGCUGGAGUUCCAGUGACUCUAGUCGACACAUCUCAAGCUUCAAUUGAUAAAGGCUUAAAGUUUGCCGGCAAGUCUUCCCUCCCAAAGCCCUCAAUUGCACCCCUCACUAACACAACCCCAGAAAAACUUCUAGCCAAAGACGUCACAAAAGAACGCAUCACCCAAUCGCAAUCCGAUGAAAUUCGAUCCCUCCUCACACCGUCUACAUCCAUGGACUCGCUCUCAUUGGUAGAUUUCGUAAUCGAAGCCGUCCCCGAAAUCCCCUCUCUAAAGUUCCAAAUCUUCUCUUCCCUCGCGCAAAUAUGCCAACCACACACAAUCCUCGCUACCAACACCUCCUCCAUCUCCAUAACCAAAAUUGCCGCUUCCACAACCAAAGAUCCAACCGACACAUCUGCCUCGUCCCGCGUAAUCUCCACUCAUUUCAUGAACCCCGUCCCUAUUCAGAAAGGUGUUGAAAUCAUCACUGGUCUCCAAACUAGCCAGGAAACAAUCGAUACCGCAGUAGCAUUCUGUAAAGCCAUGGGAAAAAUCCCUUCCCAAUCCGCGGACUCGCCUGGUUUCUUAGCAAACAGAAUCCUGAUGCCUUAUAUCAACGAAGCCAUCAUCUGUCUAGAAACCGGCGUUGGAAAACGAGAUGACAUCGAUGCCAUCAUGAAGAAUGGCACGAAUGUCCCAAUGGGACCUUUGCAAUUGGCCGAUUUCAUUGGAAUUGAUACUUGUUUGGCGAUUAUGAAGGUUCUGUAUGAGGAGACGGGGGAUAGUAAGUACAGACCUAGUGUACUUCUGGGAAAGAUGGUGGAUGCUGGAUGGUUGGGGAAGAAGAGCGGAAAGGGAUUUUAUGAUUAUUGA